AUCUUCUAAAUUCAGCGCCACCAUGCAGUGCGUACUCAGGAAAGCCCGCGAUGAGAAAGCCCGCGCCUUACGCCUACUCAGCACUAGCGCCAACAGCAAGCACCCCAAGGUCGGCGUCCUGCUGAUGAACAUGGGUGGGCCGCGCACACAAGACGACGUCAAGCAGUUCCUUGACGGCAUCUUCCUUGAUCGCGACAUCAUGACGCUACCGGCACAGAACCUGCUUGGCCCUUUCAUCGCUAAGCGGCGCGUGGAGAAGGUCAAGGACCAGUACAGGCAGAUCGGCGGUGGCUCGCCCAUUGAAAAGUGGACCAGGCUGCAGGGUGAGGGCAUGGUGAGGUCGCUGGACCAGAUCUGCCCAAAGACUGCGCCGCACCAGUACUACGUGGGCUUCCGCUACACUGCGCCCGAUACGCAGGAAGCGCUGGAGGAAAUGAUCAGGGAUGGUGUCGAGCAUGUCAUUGCAUUCACGCAGUACCAGCAGUUCUCAGGAUCGACCACUGGCAGCAACCUGAACGAGCUGUACCGCAAGCAGAAGGAGCUGGACCCAGAGUCCAGGCUGCAGUGGAGCUUCAUUGACCGCUGGGGCACGCACCCAAAGUUGGUGUCGGCGUUUGCUGAUCGUGUCGAGGCGAAGGUGAAGGAGCUGGCUGAAGACGUGCGCGAUACAGCACCAAUCUUGUUCUCAGCGCACUCCCUCCCGCUUAAUGUCAUUGACCGUGGUGAUCCGUAUGUAGCGGAGGUUGGCGGCACCGUCGCCUACGUUGUCGAUGAGCUGCGCCGUCGGGGCAUCAAGAACCCCUACCGCCUCGUGUGGCAGUCGGCAGUCGGCCCGCUCAGGUGGAUGGGUCCCCAGACAGAGUCGGUCAUCGAGCAGUACGGCAAAAUGGGCUACAAAUCGCUAGUGAUGGUCCCGAUUGCCUUCACAUCGGACCAUAUCGAAACGCUGUUUGAGCUCGAUAUCGAGCACUCAACGACCUACCCGCCCUUCAUCGAUGCCUUGGCAACCAUUGUCAAAGAGCACAUUGACGCCGGGUUCCCAACCAGCAAUCAGCUUCUGCUGCCAGACCCCGGCUUCGAGUCGGAGCAGACAAAGACGACGCGCGAAUGGAUUGCUGCUCAGGCAAAAAGGCUAGGCAAGCCAGGCAACAGCUGGUAA